UCAGCCCGCGCCGCCAUAUUGAGCCGCCGCCGCCGCCGCCAGCGCGGCUACCCCGGACCGGCCCGCUCCCCAUGACUGCCCUCGGCCGGGGCGCGUAGGGCGGAGCGGCUCCAGCCCGGCCCGUCCCCUCCCGAGCCGCCGCCGAGCCCCGCUCUCUCCUCGCCACCAUGACUUCCCUGACCCAGCGCAGCUCCGGGCUGGUGCAGCGCCGGACCGAGGCCUCCCGCAGCGCCGCUGCCGCCGAUAAGGAGCGGGGCGCCGGCGGCGGCCCCGAGGAUGAAGGGCGCCGGGACGAGUCCGGUGACGACGAGAAGGGCGAUUCCAAGGAAACGCGGCUCACCCUCAUGGAGGAGGUGCUACUGCUGGGCCUCAAGGACCGUGAGGGUUACACAUCGUUCUGGAAUGAUUGCAUCUCCUCAGGAUUGCGUGGCUGUAUGUUAAUUGAAUUGGCAUUGCGGGGGCGGCUCCAGCUGGAGGCCUGUGGAAUGAGGCGCAAAAGUCUGCUAACAAGAAAGGUGAUUUGCAAGUCAGAUGCUCCUACAGGGGAUGUUCUGCUUGAUGAAGCUCUGAAACACAUAAAAGAGACCCAGCCUCCUGAAACAGUACAAAAUUGGAUUGAACUGCUUAGUGGUGAAACAUGGAACCCACUGAAGCUGCACUACCAACUACGAAAUGUCCGUGAGCGAUUAGCUAAAAAUCUAGUGGAAAAAGGUGUACUGACAACAGAGAAACAGAACUUCCUUCUUUUUGACAUGACCACACACCCUCUCACCAACAACAACAUCAAACAGCGCCUCAUCAAGAAGGUUCAGGAGGCAGUUCUUGACAAGUGGGUGAACGACCCCCACCGCAUGGACAAGCGCUUGCUGGCGCUCGUGUACUUAGCCCACGCCUCAGACGUCCUGGAGAACGCUUUUGCCCCCCUCCUGGAUGAGCAGUAUGAUUUAGCCACAAAGAGAGUGCGGCAGCUCCUGGAUUUAGACCCUGAGGUUGAAUGUAUGAAAACCAACACGAAUGAGGUUCUGUGGGCUGUUGUAGCAGCUUUCACGAAGUAACUGCAUUCAGACUGAAGCGUUCUCUCUUCUUUCAUGUAAACCAGUUUUUUUCUCUUUUAUUGACUAUUCAUGUCUUCUGUAAUUUGUACCUUCUCACAUGAUGAAUCGGCUUUUGUUUAAUGGGAAUUAUAAGUGGUGUAUUCCCUCAUUCUCUAUCUGUAUACAGGAUUCUGCUGGUACAAGAGACUUUCCUGUUUAAAACAACAGAAGAAGGGUGAACUGCCAUAUUGGCAUUCCAUUUCCUAUUCAGUUUGAGUUACCUUAAAUACUUUGUUUAAUUUUUCACCUCAUUGUUGAAGUGGUUUGUCACCAAAGCUCCAUGUUGAAAUGUCUGUCAGGACAUUUUAUACACAGAUAUUUUCAAUUACAUAUAACAAAAUUACUUAAAAAGCAGAAAUGCCAUUAAGCAGCUUUGUCAAUAGUUCCUGUAAAAUGCCCCAUAAAUUUUAAUUUUCAUUAAUGCAGGUCUCUUGUGUACUUAUAUUUUCAUUAGAAUGAUAGCUGAGUCAUAAGGCUAGUAUAGAAAGGUCCAAUUGUUUCAUAAACCAGUUUUGCGAGGGGAUACAUUCCAUUAUAUUGUGUAUAUAUAGUUCAAAUUGUAUAUUAACAACUGCCCCAUCUUAGUAUUUUGCAAGAUCUACUUACUUGUACACCUGGUGCCCCUUAUUUGUUGUCAGCCAUUGCCAUCUGAUGCAAAGAAAGGCCUCCUGCAGAGGUCCUGUGUGUGAAAGCUGUUUGUUUCCAGAGUCUCUGGAGUUUGUCAUCCAGGUAUUCUCAGUCUAUGCAUUGCCGUUGAAAAUUAGUGAAUGGAAAGAGACUGCUUUCUAUCAUUGGUACUUUUUUCUUUCCCUCCACUUCUGUAUGGAAAAGACUCAUGACCAGUACAAUUCUUAAAUGCAGUUUUUGGUUUUGUACACAAAUUAAUGUUUGUCUCAUAAACCUUGAACUAUUUUACACUUCAAAAACAAAAAGUCAGUCCUAGCAGGUGUUGCAUGUAAAUGGUUAGCAAGUAAUGGCAGCAGUUCAGAGAAUUCAGAUUUCUGUAAUGGGAUGCUCUGCUAUAUUUUAAUUUUUAUAUAUACAAUUAUGCUGAUUAGCACACUAUUGUAAAAAAACCCAAAACCUAUAUAAAACCCUGGCUUUUUAAAAUUUAUUGCCUCUUUGCCGCUGCUUGUUAUUUCCCAUUGAUUUCACAGUGUAAAUAUUAUGCAUUGAAAAAAUUAAGCAUUGAUUUCUAUACUUUUUUCAUCAUACCAAUGCAGAUUUAUAGUGGGGCUUACAGGUGUUUAGAAACCUUUUGGUUAAUAUUCAGAACAAGAAUACUAGAUGGUGUAUAACUGUAGAGUUGAAAUUUAAGAGAUCCCUUAAUCUGUAUACUAGCUUUUUACCUACCGUAAAUAAACUAUGAUCUUGAAA